AACAUUCUUAAAUUGCAAUAUAAUUUAUGUGAAUUCGUGGAGAGUGACCAAAACUAACAUUCAUUGCACGUUAUUGUUUGAUCUUUUCCAGGACCAGAUGCUUCAGCAAAUCCUGAAUGUCUAAGAUUGGAAUCAUUUAAACAUUUAUUCAGCAUAAAAGGUUUAGAUGCUUGUGAACCACACCAUAUAAGUUGGCAUCAUUUGCAGGAGUUAACCAAUACGAACUGGCGUUGUCGAGAGAAUAUAAUCAACGUGAUGUCAGACAGGUAUGACCAAGGCAGUACCAUAUCACAAUACUGCAGUUGUAAACCUUAUGUGUGGUCAGACAAUGGACAACAAAAAGGUGCUUCGAUAACAACACAGAAAAGGUUGGACGGAGUAGCACCAGAAUGUUUUCACUACAAAGGAUGUCAAGAACUGAAGGUGUUAUAUGAAAAUGACACAUGUGCUGUUCACGAAAUAGUGUGGGAAAGCUUGAAAAAUUGUCCGUCAGACAUUGAUGUGGAAGGACAACCCGUGUCGUGUCAAGCGACAAUCGUAAAAAAGAUGUAUGAAAGAUUUAAUGGUUCUCUAGAACAAUACGAGAACGACAAGUGUUUUUGUUAUCCGUCUUUCGGACUGAAAACAGUUCCAGCCGAUUGUAAUAAAUAUGGUGGUUUUAGCAGAUUACAUGUAAGUGGAUUGAUUACCAACAACUGUAUGACACAUUUUUCAGUAUGGAAAUAUCUAGCAACACAACCAGCCGUCUGCCAGGAUUGGAUUAUAAACUUCAUGUUAGAUCAGUUACACGACGAUUUCAGCUGUGAUUGUCAUGAACAUCAAGAACCUCCUCAAACUGGACAUGGAGUUAGUUUUGUUGGUCGAUCCCUUAAAAAAAGAGAUACACCUUUCUUGCCGUCAUGUGAACAUGAUUCGCAAGGAUGGAAAGUGAUGCAAACUGACUUCCUGUCAAAUGUAUGCCGUUCUCAUUGGUACAUUUGGAGACAUCUUGCAGACACCCACGGUCAUUGCAGACGAUAUCUGAUUAACGAAAUGUUUGCAAAAUUCGCGUCAACCACGCCACACUGUAAAUGCGACUCAAAAAUGACGUCAACGCCUACACUUCCUACUACCACAAUACUGCCACAUAUGUGUAGCCAAUGCAAUGGAAGUAGUUGUGUCACAACUGGUGGAAGUGUCACGUGUGGAACUAACCAGAAUUUCUGCAUGACAUCUAUAAUUGAUUACAAUGAUAAUAAUUCUGGAAAAUUGGAGAGACUUAUCGAGAGAAAGUGCGCAUCAAAGCAGGAAUGUGCGGAUAAAGAUCAGUCCGGUAAUAUGUUUUGUCUUCAGUUACCUCAGGGAAAUCUUGGUUUUCCAUACACAUGCAGAUUCUGUUGUGUAGGACAAAACUGUAACAAUCCUCCAGCUCUUAUACCGGCAUUAUCAACUCGAUUUUCCUCCAAUUUUCCAUAGAAAAAAUAUUAAAAGAAAUCUCAAUCCA